CAGUAAUGUCUACAACAGAAGCACAGCUGAAGAUGUGUUUGUCAGUGAAAGUGUUCGUGCAUCUUCUCUUUACUUUGUACAUUUCUGUAACGUUGGUUCCACCAACCACUGUACAAGGACAGACAGCUUGUUCAGAGGUGUAUCUUUAUGACUCGGCUACCAUCUACACUGCCACAGGUACAUUAGACGCCUGCAUAGCAGCAUGUAUAACUAACUUCCCUCUACCGAUACUUAUCGGGUGCUGUGGGACUGGUGCGUGUGCCAGCAGGUGCAUCUGCUAUUACGCUUUAAGUUCUCCCCCGUGUGAAACAUGCACAGCAACAACGACUGUGUCUACCACUACCGAAUCAACAACCACCGGCACUACCACUGAAUCAUCUACCACCGAUUCUACCACAACUGAGUCCACUACCACCGAUUCGACCACCACUGAGUCAACUACCACCGAUUCGACCACCACCGAAUCAACAACCACCGACACUACCACUGAGUCAAAGACCACCGAUUCGACCACCUCUGAGUCAACUACCACCGAUUCAACCACCACCGAAUCAACAACCACUGACACUACCACUGAGUCAACGACUACCGAUUCUACCACCACUGAGUCAACUACCACCGAUUCGACCACCACUGAGUCAACUACCACCGAGUCUACCACCACCGAGUCAACAACCACUGAGUUUACCACCACUGAGUCAACAACCACUCAACCUACCACCACUGAGUCAACUACCACCGAGUCUACCACCACUGAGUCAACAACCACUCAACCUACCACCACUGAGUCAACAACCGCAGAGUCUACCACCACCGCCCCCACUACAUUGUCGCCAUCUAUCUGUUCCCCGAAUGCUAGUGUCGUUAAAGUCAAUUCAGGCACGGUGGAAAAAGAUCGUGUCAGAGUGAAUCCCUGCACAGCUUUGUGUAGCAAUGCACAUUCUACUGGCUUUUGGUUUCUUACACAGAGAUACAGAGGUUGCUGUGGUAACAACAUAUGUUAUUGCACUUUAACCACCGAUCUUUACUCGAGUAGUUGCACCCUGAUUAACUGAUGAGAUAUGGAGAAGAAAAAUUGAAUGAAGU